UGUCUUAAUAAACUGCCUUUAUCUCAAUCCACAGGCUUCACUUCAUGGUUCUCUCCGUGAUCCCAGAGAAGGAAGGUGGAGAGUGAGGGAACAGCUGUGUGGUGUUUAGCUGCCAGCCCGGUUAAAACACAACAUCUCUGAAAAGGCGGACCUCUUCCAAAUACUCAUUUCCAUACACCCCUCCCUUAGCUCCUCCAGGUUGCGUCUGUGCAAUGUAGCCUGGUGGUCGUGGGCAGGGGUCUUUCAGGAUGAAGGCAAAGAGGAAGAGGAGGUCAAACUUUUUACCUUUCUGGACUUUGACCUUCUCUUGGACAGUACUGAGGAGGUUUUUGCUUAACUUUGCCUUGCUUCCUGCCAACAAGUUUUUUGUCCUUCCCUAACGACUUUUUGUCCUUCCCUCAUCCCUUGGCUUUGAGCGAUAUCUUACUUUUUACAUCUGCUUCUCGUAAGGUUCUCAUCUGCAUCCCCAAUAAUCAGGAUAUUUUACCAUAUAUGUAGCUAAAUAUUAAUUCAGAUCACUUUUAGCAUCUUCCGCAUCUCAGUGGCAGGCAUGCAGAACUCCCCAGACACUUGUCCCCACUGCUCCAGGGCCAGAGCUCCUCCUAGACGAUUAUUGCAGCCAGGAUGUAGGAAAAGGCUUGGGAAGUUGGGCGUAGCCCUGUGUUUCCUGCAGCAUGGCUGGGUGCUGUGAGGGACCUCGCUCUUUUGUUGGGGUUCCCUUGGAGAAGAACACCUGGGGGGGCCAUCUGCCCCCUGGGGGACCUCUCUCUCCGAUAAGGCUCCCCUGGGGCUGUGGCUGCCCCAGUCUCACCAGGCAUGCCAGGAGACUUCUGACUUCCCUCAUCACUCUGCUCCUCCUCCAGCUGGGCUCAGCCCAGCUCAGAGUGGUGGGACCAGGCCACUCUGUCACUGCCACCGUGGGGCAGGAUGUCGUGCUGCCCUGCCACUUGUCCCCUCAACGCAAUGCUCGCACCUUGGAGGUCAGGUGGAUCCGGGACAAUAUCUCUGAGACAGUGCACCACUACCGCAAUGGAGAGGACCUAUACGGGGAACAGAUGGGGACAUAUGCCGGGAGGACAGAGUUGCUCAGAGAUGGUCUCUCUGCUGGAAGCCUGGACUUGCGAAUCACGGGGCUGAGACCCUCUGAUGAUGGCCAGUACACCUGCACUGUGAGAGAUGCUCAUGCUUAUGAUGAAGCCAUUGUGGAGCUGGAGGUGUCAGCCACAGGCACUGACCCCCACCUCUCCCUGGGGGGCUACGAGGCCGGAGGCGUCCGGGUGCUGUGUGGAUCGGCCGGCUGGUACCCGCUGCCGCAGCUGCUGUGGAGGGAUGCUCGCGGGCAGCACCUGCCCUCGGUCUCCCAGACACAUUCCCAGGACCAGGAGGGGCUCUUUGAAAUCGAAGGCGCCGUCAUCGUGACCGGGAGCGUGGAGGGGCCCUUGUCCUGCGUGGUCAGGAACAACCUCCAGCAGGAGAGGAAAUUUUCCCUGCACAUUGCAGCUCCCUUCUUCCACAACGCCCAGCCCUGGAUAGUGGCUCUGGCUCUGGUCCUCGUGCUUUUGGCUGUGUCCAUUGGCCUCGGUGUUUAUCUCUUCCGAAAGCAAGCGGCACAGAGGCGAGAGCUGGUGAACAGAGAUGCAAAGCUGGAGGAACAACCUGCAGAGAUCGUGGAAAAAGAUGCAAGACUGGGUGAGUCUCCCACCUAAUCUGAAGGAAUUGACAUCCUUUGUUUGCAGCAGCCAUUUG